AAAAAAUUGUGUAAAAUGAGUUGCAAAAAUUAUUGUUUCUUAUCAAGUUUCAAUUGUUAUCUAUCAAUUAUGUACUUGUCACUAGAGACUAYACUUUAUAAAUAACUCGAUUGCAGUUUAACUCUCUCAUUACAAUGACUGACAUCAAAACUGAAAUAAAAUCGUGGCUGAAACCAGUCUUGCAAAAAGAAAAUGUGUCCGAUUUUUCAGUGAAAAUUGUGGGAAAUUCGGAAAAAGGUGACGGUUAUUUGGGCGACAUAAUUUUCGUGGAAAUCACCGGUGAAAAACCCUAUAACCUCGUCGUCAAGUGCAGCAAACGCUCCAAAGCCCUUCGUGAAAAAUCCCCGGUGAAAAAUGCCUUCCUGAAUGAAAUUUUCAUGUAUGAAAAACUCCAGCCGACUUUUCUCCAAUUCCAAAACGACCACAACUGUGAAAAACCCUUCGUUUCGUARCCGAAAUGUUACGGUUCGUUUAUCAGUGAUGACAUGGAAGUGAUAAUUUUGGAGAAUUUGAAGAAAAGUGGCUUUGAAUUGUGGCCGAAAAAGGAGCCUUUGUCGAGGAAAUUGGUCGAUUUGGUGGUCACAGAGUAUGGGAAAUACCACGCYAUUUCAGUGGCKAUGAGGGAAAAACAGCCUGAAAAAUUCCAGGAAUUGGCUGAAACCGUUAUCGAUGUUUUCAAGGAGUUUUGUGAAGAUGAAUCGGUGGUAGAAAUGUUCUCAGCACCAAUUGAAGACUCCUAUAAUUUGCUCAGGGGAGAAAUUGAUGAGAAAAUUCUCCAAAAAUGGAGGAAAUUCCAAAACAAUGUUUGUUUUAUUUUAAAGAAUUUACAAGACGGUUUUGAGGGACUGAAAGUGAUUUCGCAUGGAGAUUGUUGGAAUAAUAAUUUCAUGUACUUGUUUGAAGAUGGUGACCACAAUCGGCCGUUGAAAGUCGCAAUUCUUGAUUGGCAAACCGCAAGAUACACAACACCAAUUUUGGAUUUGUCUUAUUUUCUCUUUGCUUGCGUUUCAGAGAAGGAUUUAGAAAAUUUGGACGAUAUUUUGGACACUUAUUUUGACUCUUUUACCAGACAUUUGAAAAGUUUAGGGAUCAAUGAACCGGAAUUUUUGUUCCCGAAAAGUGAAUUUCUCAAAGAUUGGAAGAGAUUUUGCAAAUUUGGAAUCAUGAUGAGUGUUUUAGUCUCGAAAAUGGUUUCGAGUGAAAAUGAUGAGUAUUUGGAUAUUGCUGAACUUGCCGAGCAAGGAGACAGUUUUGGAAAAUCUUUCCUAAUUGAAAUCAAAGAUAAAAAUAACUUUAAAAGACGAAUAAAACCGAUUAUAGAGUUUGUUGUUAAAAAUGAUUUAAUUUAAUUAAAAAAAUAAAAA